CCUUUAUGGAACUCCCUUGUUCCAUGCUGUACCUGUUCCUUAUUAUUGCACCUCUUUGAAUUCGUCAUCCCCAAAGCAGCAUUCAAACUUAAGCAUUCGUGCAAGCAAUGGCCAUAUACCUGAACGACACGUCUCCUUUCUUCCUGUAGGACAUUGCCGAUACUCUCAUCAUCAUUUUCACAUUGUCACAGCUCCUUCCAACCCUUCAGCUGAGGGGCGGCGCGGGGCAAGAUGGACCCCUCCGGCGAGCUUCCCAACCGGCCGUUGAGCGUCAAGGAUAUUUCAGAUAGAGCUGGAGACUUUGCAUGGAACCCAAACAUCGCCUUCAAAUACUGGGUGCGAGCAGCUGAUACCAUCUAUCGCGAGGGCCUCAACUACAUGCGCGAGGGCAACUUCACUAAUGCCUACCUCUUCUACCUUCGAUACUCGGCAUUGGUUCUUGACUAUGUGGGAAAGCAUCCCGAUGCUCAGGAUCCCGCCUCUAAGGCCGCUCUGAAGCCUCUCCUCAAGCGCAUGCCUCUCAUCUUCGACCAACUCGAACAGCUCAGACCCCACAUCGACAAAACAUACCAGGAAUGGCUGAGGGCCAGUGUUGCCCAAAGGGAUGCCGAAAGGGAUGCCCAACAGCCACAGAAAGCACUCACACAAUACCAGAAGCACGCCGCAAGGGACCCCGCUCUGUCAUGGAACCCGGCAGCCCCUUCGAGGGUGCUCGAUGCUUGGGAGAACCAGGACUUGGCAGUCGACCUGGCUAAGAAAGAAAUCAGCCGGCGAGAUGCUGCUAGGAGAGCGACCCGCCAGGCAGGAAUAUCGUAUGAAGAAGAGCAAAGUCGGCGAGGUGCCGGCGUCUGGGAUGACUGGCAAGGAUGGGGUGGCAACGACUAUAUGACACCCUCCCGCCUGGCAGAGGAGCAAGAAGUACGGAAGAGUAUGGAAUCAACUCGCCAACUAUUAAGCCAAAGAGACCUCCAAGCCAGGGAAGGGAGCGAAGCAAGCCGGCAGAGUUUACAGCCGAGUUCGCGUGCAUAUCAUUAUCCUUCGAUCCACAAACCCGCCCCUCUCCAAUACGCGUCGCAUCCAACCCAGUCACGACAAGAACGCGAAACCCCACAACCACCGCGGCCACCAAAAGAGGACCUGCAACAAUCAUCAUCUCGCCGGUAUGACUCGGCCCCGCCAGCUCUUCCGGAGAAGGGGCCUCUGUUUGCACGAUAUGAGGCGCUGCAUGGGGCACCGACACCGACCCCGCCAGUGCUCCCCGAGGGCGUACCGAAACUGCCGGCCAAGACCAUAGACAGCAAGGCAAAGAAAGAGCGCUACACCUUCCGUCCAGCUGCCUACCUGGAGAGCGGCAAGCCUAUCCGGCCCGUCUUUUUGCCAGACAAACUUCGCGAGACUUUCCUUGAUAUUGCCUCAGAGAACACACGCAAGGGGCUGGAGAUGUGCGGUAUGCUCUGUGGCACCCCGGUUAACAACGCACUGUUCAUCUCUUGCCUCUUGAUUCCUGAGCAGAAAUGCACAUCGGACACGUGCGAGACAGAGAACGAGUCGUCGAUGCUGGAUUACUGCAUCAACCAAGACCUCCUCCUGAUCGGCUGGAUCCAUACCCACCCAACCCAGACAUGCUUCAUGAGCUCACGCGAUCUGCACACCCAGGCGGGAUAUCAGGUCAUGAUGCCCGAGAGCAUCGCCAUCGUCUGCUCCCCCAGGCACUCCCCUUCAUGGGGCAUCUUCCGCCUGACCGAUCCGCCGGGUCUCCCCCACAUCCUCCACUGCAGCCACACCGACACCUUCCACCAGCACUCGAUCGACAACAUCUACACCGACGCCGGCCACCCGCCCGGCCACGUCUACGAGUCCUCCCGCAUGGACUUUUAUGUGCACGACCUGCGGCCGAAGCGAUAGCGUGGCUUCCCCACGACGGCCCUGGCUCGGCUCUCGACCGGCCUAUCCGCGGCCGCCGGUCGGACGUUUGGCGGGAGGCGGAGGCGUCUGUGGACAGGGCUCGCAGGCAGAGGCGCCGACUUGAUCCGCCUGACCCGCCGUCGUCGCGUGCCGUGGUCGACGACGGCUGCCAUGAUCGAGUUCUGGCUCUCCGGCGCGGGGCCGGUGCGUGGUGGAAAGGGGACUCGGAGGGAUGGCUGAGGCUGUGCUAUGCAAUGGAAC